AUGCAAGAUGGCGUUGCGACCUCCAAGCGGACCCCCCAGCGGGCCCCGCUCAGCGGUGCCAAACCACAGCGCCCAGGUUUGGACGGCAGCCCCUCGCCCCCGGCAGCCUGCGCGCGCGCCGAUGCUGGCGGGCAGGCCUCCGAUGCCCCCGGCUUGGCCCCCCCGCCCUGGAUGCCGGUCACGCCGGCGGCCGCCGUCGCAGCCGCGGCCGGGGCCGCUGGCGGCUGCGUCGGCUCGGCGGCCCCCGCGCCCGUGGAGGCCGAGGCGGCCAAGGCCAAGAAGGCCACCGUGGGGGGCGAGGUGACCGAGGAGGCCGAGGAGGCCAAGGAGGCCCAGAAGGAGGGCAUGGGCGGCUGGCUGGCCAAGCGCGGGCGCCAGGAACAGACCAAGGAGGCCAAGGAGGCCCCCGUGGAGGCCGAGAAGGCCAAGAAGUCCAGGAAGUCCAAGAAGGCCCCCGUGGAGGCCGAGGAGGCCAAGGGGGCCCCCGCGGAGGCCGAGGAGGCCGAGAUGCAGGAGCAGAAGGCCCAGGAGGCCAGGAAGGCCGAGAAGGCCGUCAUGGCCGUGGAUGCCAAGAAGGCCGUGGAGGUCAAGGAGGUCGAGAAGGUCAAGAAGGCCGAGAAGGCCGUCAAGGCCGUGGAUGCCAAGAAGGCCGAGGAGGUCAAGAAGGUCGUGGAGGCCGCCAAGAAGGUCGUGCAGGCCAGGGCGGCCGAGGAGGCCAAUAUGCAGGAGCAGAAGGCCCAGGAGGCCAGGAAGGCCGAGAAGGCCGUGGAUGCCAGGAAGGCCGUGGAGGUCAAGAGUGGAUGGACAGUCUGCACGCACACGACGCCAUCAGGACGCGAACGCCCCGUGUACCAGUCGCCGGGCCCGAAUGGCAAGAAAUAUACCAUGCGUUCCCGCGGCGAAGAAGGCCGGCUACGGGCCGUGAGCUCGCAGGUGUGUUUCGGAGCCGUAUGGUCCUCAUUGGCCACUUCGGUCCAGCGACGAAUGCCGCGAUAG